AACGUCAUACCAAUCAGUCCGCGAAACUUUAGAGAGCUUCCCGCCAGUUUCAAACAAGAAGAUGAUUUCUCGCCGCUUUCGGCGAGAAAAACGCGUCUAAAAUGCCACUCUUGGACCAUAAGCCCUAUAUACUAGCAAAGAAACCGAAAGAUUUAUAUGCAUGGGACAAGCAGUAUACGAUUCCAGUUACAGGAGAAGUUUUCCGAACUCAGGACGAUUAUAUAAAAAAGCUAGCCCUCUACAGCUCAAGAAAUUGGACGUGCAGGUGUACAGGGAAGUCAAAUCUAACAUUUAGAGAAGCAUUAGAUUCUGAAAGGACAGCUGAGGAAGCAUUGCAAGACCUAUUCCCAACACACUUUGAGAAGAUUGCUUGUGAAUUGUCUCAUCACAGCCCUCUGUCUCUUGAUCAUCUUACGGAGCAAAUCGUUGAUAAGAUUAGCCAAACAUUUGUGGUUGGAGAAUUGGUGGAGUUAAAAGUGAAAGUCAAAUCUAAAGUUAUCAGAGGGAAAAUAUUAAAAGUAGAAGAGGUCAGCAAUCAUAUAAAGAUAGGCAAACAGACUGGUUCCCCUUCAAGUGAUAAAGAGAAUUUUACUGGUGAUAGACUUCAGUCACCUUCGAAGGUUGGAAACAUCCUUUGCAAUAUUAAGUUGAUUGGAGAAGAGAAGAUAAUUGGCAGCGUACCGGCUAAAGAACUAGUACGACUGGAAGAGGUACCCUCUAAGGACAUUAUUCAGUUGUUUCUUAAAGCCUACACUAUCCAAAGCGAUUGUCAAAAUAAAAGUCUUUGGGUGGUCUCCGAACAAUUAGUCAAGAAAUACGGUUUGGUGAACAAGUUCCCAGAGUACCUGCUGUCACCAUACAAGGUUCAAUUUGAAAGCCCUAGGAGACGCAGGUCUGAAUCAAUAGAUUCGCCAUCGAAAAAAACUAGAACACCUAAGUCUAAAGGACAGACCGAUCUCUUUGCAUAUUACUCUAAAGAGGAGCAUUCUCCUCAAGCCUCAGCUAGUUGUACUUCACCAAUACCUGUUUACCUGGAUCACACCUAUAGCUCACCUGCCAGUAAAAACAAACUGAAGUUUCAGUUCGACCAAUCGGGAGACGAACAGAUUUGUAGAACAAGUGGGGAAAAAUCACAGAUAGACUCUAAAUCAAAAAUUAAAAGUAGCUCAAAGGAGAUUGUAAAGAUUCCUAAAAUGCCAAGUAAGGAAUCAACGCUGAGAGUUAACCUGUUCUGUAGAGGGAAUGAAGACCAGACUGUAAACGUAGUAGACACAGGCAGUAGUAGCAGCAGUAUGAGCGAUUCAGACGAUGACGUUCCGUUACAGAAGCUUGUCCAUUCACCUGCGUCUUUAAAAAAGAAGCUGGCUAAUAAAACUGAAAUUCCUUCUAGUGAUGAAGAUGUUCCGCUAAUUCAGAUUUCACGGGACGAAAUUAAAUCGAACUGGAAAAAGGUGUUCAAAAAAAUGUCGGCAGAAAAGGCAAAGUUAGAUAAGUCAAAAAGCGAGAAGAAAAACAGUAGUAAAAAGAAAUCAAAGAAGUCCAAAGAAUCGGAGAAGAAAAAGAAAAAGGAUAAAAGCAAGAAAAGCACUCUUAAAAGUUCAUCAAAAAAGACAACGCCCACAAAAGUUUCAACGAAGAAGAAAAGCGCAACACCUGUGAAAAUGUCUAAAACAAAAUCCAAGAAUACUCCUAAGAAAACACCAAGUAAAUCAUCUUUAAAAAGUAAAUUAUCUAAAGGAAAUACACCAAAGAAAUCUUCAAAAUCACCUAAAAAUAAGAAAUCAAUGAAACAGAUGACACUCUUUGACAUUGGGCGCAAGAAGUCAAGCCACGACUCGAGUGACGAUUCAGACGGAAGGUAUCAGAUUGUGAAACAACCGCCAAAGUCUCCAAGGCCACGAACACCCAAGAUGCCUGCAAUAGUACAAAAGUUAAUAAGUGCUAAAAAGUCUAACAAACGACCACAGUAUAUACAUUAUCUUAGCCUGUGUGCCCGGCAGCUCACGACUAUUCAGCGUAACCAUCUGAACCCACUAGUCAAAGAGGAGGUAGCCAGAAAACAUGAACAGAUUCAAAAGAAAUUAAAAUGGAAAGCAAUGUCGGAAGAAGAAAAGAAGGCAUACCUAAAGGCACAGAGGGUUGAAAAAAGCAAGGUAUUAAAGGAAGCCAAGCAUAAAAGGAUUGAGGAAGCCAAAAGACAAAGAAUCGAAUUAGCUAAGCGAUAUGAGGAUCAGGAGCUUAUUUUGAAGCCAUUGAUAAUGCCUAAGCCGGUAGAACUUCCAGAAGGCCUCCCUAACACCAGGUUUGGCGACAUCGCAAUGGUUGCCGAGUUCCUAAACAUGUACUCGGGUUUACUAAUGCCCGAUGAUCCGUAUCCAAUCACAGCUGAAAAUCUUAUUCUAGCAUUAGUGAGUGGAGCGCAAGGAUUUGGCUAUCUGUCCCGCUGUUUAGUAAUUCUUCUUAAAACCCUUUUACAAGAUGACAUAGCAGAGGAUUACUCAGAACUUGGAAUGAAGUUAUCCGGUAUUCCUGUGAAUAUGCAUACCGCAACAGAGCUUAUGCGUCUCUGUCUUCGGCCAAAUGACCAGGAAACUGAUGAUUCCGACAGUGAUGAAGAAAUUCACCAGGAUGUAGACAAUGAUGUGCCACAACAUUUAGUGGAGAAGCUAGAAACAAAGGAAUUUUAUGAAUUGGAUCCUGAUGAAAAGAUUGUCUUGUUGAUCUGUCUUUGCCACCGUAUCAUGUCCUCAUAUUCAGUCAUUGAUUUCAUGGAAGACAAACAACGGGAAGCAACUAAACUUUGGAAGGAGAAGCUUAAAAUUCUGAAGGAAAAGAAUGACAAAGUGAAGGAAGAAAAGAAGAAAAUCAAGGAACAAAAAGAAGCUUUACAGGUUCAAAAGGAAGAAGAGGAGAAGAAGAAAGAAACUGCAACAAACAAUGGAGAAAAGAUUCAAGCUAAGAAAGAAGUGAAAAAAACAGAGAAGGUAAAGGAAGAGAAAGAGGAGGAAAUUGUCAUUCCAGAAGAUGACAAUGAUUUGAUAUCCGUUAUCAAACGGCGGCGAUUACAGUCUGCCAAGAUGAAAGCCGAGCGUGCCGAGCAAGAACGCAAGGAGAAGGAAAGACGUAUAAAAGAUCAAGAAGAGCUAAAGAAACAGAAGGAAGCAGAGUCUUUUGAAAAGAAAUUUGAGGAGGGCAUUCAGCUAGCUAAGUCAAUAUUGCGUAGCCAGCCACUAGGGGUGGAUCGUAAUCACAGUCGAUAUUGGCUGUUCUCCAGUGUUGUGCCGGGUUUAUUUGUUGAGAAAGGUUGGGCUUCAAAGGAUAUCGGCAAAUCGUUUAAAGAGGAUGAUAAUGAAAGUGACACCGAUUCAGAUGACUCCGACCUGCCCACUGAGGGUAUCGAAUUAACCAUUCCAAAGGUAGGCCAGAAUAUGUGGUUCCAGUAUGAAUCCCAAAAAGAUCUUGAUACCCUGAUUGAGGUCAUGAAUAACCAAGGUAUCAGAGAAAGCAACCUCUACACGGUCCUCAAGAAAAACUACCAGGAUAUUGUCAAGUCAAUCAACACAUCCAGGCGAUCUAGCCCUGGGCUAAGAGCGUGUAACGGACCAGAGGAUCUUCUUGCCGCUUUCAAAGAAGACCUUCUGGAUGAGGAACUUCAUAUACGACAGGGAAAUCUGGGAGGAGUCGAGUCAUUUCAAGUCUGGGAGAAGAGUUUGCAAACUGCAGAGGAUCUAGAAACACUGGGGCGUUUGCUGAUUGAAACCCAGAGCUCCACAAAUCCAAAAUUCUUGCAAGGUGUAAUGGCAAUGAAGAAGCACAAAGUAAGAGUAGAAGAAAAUGAUGAGGAUGAUGGAGAUGCUGACAAACCUGAAGUUACUGAGAAAGUACUUAAAUGGCGUGAGGCAGUAGAGAAUCCCACCACCUUAUCAAGACUUCAUGUCUUAUUAGGGAUAUUUGAAUCCAGUGUGAAAUGGGAGAAGUCUGCAGAAAAUGCAAAGUGUAAGAUCUGCAGAAAGAAGGGCAACGAUGAUAGGUUAUUGCUAUGUGAUGAGUGUAAUCAACCAUUCCAUCUAUUGUGCUUACGCCCUGCUUUGAAAGCUGUUCCAAAGGGUGAAUGGAAGUGUCCAUCUUGUAAGCCUCAAACUCCACGACGUACCGCCAGAAACCGUGUCAUUUACGAAGAUGACGAUGAUGAUGACGACGAUGAUAGUGACGGGGAGGAGGAAGAGCACUAUUGUUUGGUUUGUGAGGAACAGGGAGAACUUCUAAAUUGUUCUGAGUGUGAAAGCUUCUACCACAGGGAUUGCCAUGAACCCCCUCUUCGAAAUUUCCCAAGGGGAAAAUGGGUUUGCAGUGAUUGCACUUCCGGUGGGAGGAGGCGAACAAAAUCAAAAAGGGCGAGGAAUGCUGCUAAGAAAAAAGCCAAGAAACCAGCACCAGCCUCUCGAAAGCGGAUAAGAUAUGAAGAUGAUGAUGAUUCUGACCAGCAAGUGGUAACCACAACAAAGAGAGCUAAGCAAGUAUUUGAAACAAGAAUUCUUGAAGAUAUAUUAUACAGACUUAAAAAAUCAAAGGAUAGCACACCAUUUAGAAAGCCUAUUGACAAAAAAGAGGCGAAACAAUAUUACAAGGUUGUAAAGAAUCCUGUAGACCUACAGACGAUACAAACAAGAACCUUGUGUUUAGAAUAUAACAAUUAUGACAGUUUCAUAGCUGAUAUAAAACUCAUAUUUAGCAAUGCAGAGCUGUAUUAUGAGGAGGGUUCUGAGGAGGUGAUGCAGUCGGAGAGACUGGAGAAAUUGUUCAUUGAAACGUUACAGAGACUUAUACCAAACGCAGUGUACAGCCGAACAUCUAAGGGCCAAGAGUCCAGUUCAGAUAGUGACAAAAACCAUAACACCAGAAAACGACGCAAAGUUUGUUUAUGAUGAGCAAGAUCCUAGAUAUUUUAAAACUAAUCUAUUAUGUACCUUUUUUUUCUAGUAACAAUUGCAUUUUAAUGUAAAAAAGUAAAUGUUUGUACAACAAAAAACAUGUUUCCAAUAUCUUACUGAACCAUAUAUUUCCAUUAUUAUUUCACAAACAUUUUUGUGCUGUGUGAGUAAAUAUUUACUAUGUAUUCUACUGUAAGAAGCAUAAGUUGUUUAAUUCAUAACAAAUUUGUACUUCACACAACAUAUUUAUUUCAGUUGUACUGUGUGAGGAUUCCUAUUGCUUUGGUAUAUUUUUUGGAAUUGCACCCGAUUUGCAACGCGAUUCCUAUUGGUUAGAUAUCUGUUACCAAUUACACAUGUGACUUUAGUGAUGAUUCCUAUUGGUUAAAUCUCUGUUAUAAACACAGUGUCAUCUGUAAAGUUUUGUGAAUUUUUAUUUUACUACAUUGGUUGGGGAAAAUAAUUGGUUUGUACUGUAAUUACACUGAUCAUUUUUAAAUGGAAAUACUCGGUGAAAAAUUAAUUAUUAAAAAUCAUUUAAUUUACAAUGAUUUUUAUGAUGCAAAAAGAGGUAAUUGUUAAAAUCUUACAAAAAAAAAUGAAUUUCUUAUUUAUAAAUUUAUAAUUCCAGCAACUUUUGAUAGCAUAUUUUAAAUGUUAAAUUAAGAAUCUGGAUUUGUUGAAAUUUGUUGAUUGGUAAAAAUUUAAAUCAAAAGAAGAUCAAAGAAAGAAGGAAUAGGCUGGAAAUUUUUCGUGAGCACUUGCCUCAUUUUUCCGACUUUUAGCUUCAUUUUAAAGCUGAUAUUUAUGGUUUUGGUUUUUUUAUCAAUUAAUUGCCUUUAUGGUUUAUAUUGUAGGUUUUUUUUAGUUUAGUUUUGUUUGAUAUUAUAUGUAGUUCAAUUUGAUACAACAUGUCUAAAUAGGUAGCUCCCUGAUGCAAAGAGUCAGUUUAUUAGAUCAUAUGUUAUUUUUAAUAGUAAAAGCAAUAUUUCCUCAAUUAUUAUGUGAUCUACAGUAUUAUUUUUUUUAGUUUGAUGAUAGUGCUCAUUGGGUUUGCUUUCAUGUUUGUGAAUUUUUGUUGUCAGCAUGAAAAGAAAUCUUAAAAUCAAGAAAAACCUUCAUAAAUGAUGUCAUGAUCUAGCAUUUAAAUUACAUGAUACAAAUAUGGGCGAAUUGUAGUUAGCAAGAAAGUAAGAUAUUCUAACAGAUUUUACCAGAGAUUAAACAAAUUUGAGAAGGCUUGAAGACCAUAUUCCUCAUUUGCAUAUUUAUUAAUAACAAAGUUUCUAUAUAAAAAGAUAUUAAAUUUACAGGUUUAAGAUACUGUUCAAGAUUUUUUGAUUACAAAUUCCUAAUGUAUCCCCAUUUAAUAUGGAAAUUCCAAAUACAAGAUUAUUUUCCCAGAAAUUACAAAGCUAUGUUAAUCCAUGAUGAACUUAAAAAUAGGGUGAUGUAUAUGUAAUUAAUAAAUUGUUGGUGGAUGUGUAUAAGAUGUGUAGUUAGAUUUUGCUUUUAGUUUCUAUAGCGCUCAUGAUAUGUAAAUAACACAAACUGGACUGAAGUGUAACUAUACAGGAACAAUACUAAUAUUAUGCUCAACCGUUUAUAUAAUACCAACGCUUGCAUACACCUUUGUGCCUCACCUGUGUAUAAAUGUCAGUUUUACCUUUGGUUAAGAUGUGAAAUAAAUCCAUUUGAUAUGAGAA